AACGGUCCUUAACGGCAGCCAGUAACGGCUCACCUGCGGGCCCGGGCACUCAUAAGGGCAGGCUGAAAUUAAACCUUGGAUUUUGGACUCCCCACGUCCGAAAGCCUAAACCAGCCCGAACUACAAUUCCCAACAUGCCAUGCGGCCGCCCGGGCCUUAGAGGGUCGGCCGGACCAACCUUGCGGUCCUUCUUUAACCAAAGCGCUGCCGAACCGCCCAGGUCUUCCGGGUAGUGCUGGCUCCCGCCCAGGACAGCCUCCUCUCAUGAUUUCUGGGUAUUGUAGUCCAUUUGUUCCAAUUUCCCGGGAAGGAGCCUCUCCUAGUUACGGCUCCUUUAGCCAUAAAAACUACGAAACCCAGAAUAUAGCGCAAGCUUCCCUCGUCCAAUGGGAAGCCCCCAUGUAGCGAGGCGCGGAGGCCGGCUCUCGCAACUCAAGAUGGCGGACGAGAGUGAGACAGCAGUGAAGCCGCUGGCACCUCCGCUGCCACAGAUGAUGGAAGGGAACGGAAACGGCCAUGAGCACUGCAGCGACUGCGAGAACGAGGCGGACAACAGCUACAACCGGGGUGGUUUGAGUCCAGCCAAUGACACUGGAGCCAAAAAGAAGAAAAAGAAACAAAAGAAGAAGAAAGAGAAAGGCAACGAGAUGGAUUCAGCCCAGGACCAGCCUGUGAAGAUGAACUCUUUGCCAGCAGAGAGGAUCCAGGAAAUACAGAAAGCCAUCGAGCUGUUCUCCGUGGGUCAAGGACCUGCCAAAACCAUGGAGGAGGCGAGCAAGCGAAGCUACCAGUUCUGGGACACGCAGCCCGUUCCCAAGCUGGGAGAAGUGGUGAACACCCACGGUCCCGUGGAGCCUGACAAAGACAACAUCCGCCAGGAGCCCUACACCCUGCCCCAGGACUUCACCUGGGAUGCCUUGGACCUGGGGGACCGUGGUGUGCUGAAAGAACUGUACACCCUCCUGAAUGAGAAUUAUGUGGAAGAUGAUGACAACAUGUUCCGAUUUGAUUAUUCCCCAGAAUUUCUGUUAUGGGCUCUCCGGCCACCUGGCUGGCUCCCCCAGUGGCACUGUGGGGUUCGAGUGGUCUCAAGUCGGAAACUGGUCGGGUUCAUCAGUGCCAUCCCAGCAAACAUCCACAUCUAUGACACAGAGAAAAAGAUGGUGGAGAUCAACUUCCUCUGUGUCCACAAGAAACUGCGCUCCAAGAGGGUAGCUCCAGUCCUGAUCCGAGAGAUAACCCGGCGGGUUCACCUGGAGGGCAUUUUCCAAGCUGUUUACACUGCCGGGGUGGUGUUACCAAAGCCUGUUGGCACCUGCAGGUACUGGCAUCGGUCCCUAAACCCACGGAAGCUGAUUGAAGUGAAGUUUUCCCACCUGAGCAGAAAUAUGACCAUGCAGCGUACCAUGAAGCUCUACCGACUGCCAGAGACUCCCAAGACAGCUGGACUGCGACCAAUGGAAAAAAAGGACAUUCCAGUAGUGCACCAGCUCCUCACUAGGUACCUGAAGCAGUUCCACCUCACCCCGGUCAUGAGCCAGGAGGAGGUGGAGCACUGGUUCUACCCCCAGGAGAACAUCAUCGACACAUUUGUGGUGGAGAAUGCCAGCGGAGAGGUGACAGACUUCCUGAGCUUUUAUACACUUCCCUCCACCAUCAUGAACCAUCCAACCCACAAGAGUCUAAAAGCUGCUUAUUCUUUCUACAACGUUCACACCCAGACCCCUCUCUUAGACCUCAUGAGCGACGCCCUUGUGCUUGCCAAAACGAAAGGGUUCGACGUGUUCAAUGCACUGGAUCUCAUGGAGAACAAAACCUUCCUGGAGAAGCUUAAAUUUGGCAUAGGGGACGGCAACCUGCAGUAUUAUCUCUACAAUUGGAAGUGCCCCAGCAUGGGGGCAGAGAAGGUUGGGCUGGUGUUACAGUAACCAGUCGCCAGUGAAAUUCUGGAUAAAGCCACUGAGAAUUCAAACCAGGAAACGGAACCCCACCACUUGUUGGUCCAAUUUUCACAAACGUGAGAAUCCUUGGCAAAGGGAGCAGAAUUGAACCGGCUUUACCAAACCGCCAAUGAACUUGACGAUUGCAUUGCAAUGGCGUAGGCUGCGUGACGUCACCUCUGGCCGUGUCUCUGGUCUCCCUGUUUUCCAAUUAAUUACAUCCUUUUGCAGCCGUGAUCAAGGGAAUGUAACUGCUGAAAACUAGCUCGUGAUUGGUAUACUAUGGAGUUAACGGGUGAAUAAUAAAAGUAUAUAUAUUAUAUAUAUAUA